ACUUGGGAGUUACUUCAUGUGCUAAGUGAACACGCAGAUUUUGUGUCCUUUGUUUCAUGGUCUCCUAAUGAUUCAAUGCUCUUGACAUGUGGACAAGAUAAUGAAAUUAAGCUUUGGAAUGUGCAAACGGGCGAGUGUGUGAACACAAUGAAGAAACAUACGGAAUUUGUCACAGCGUGUGCAUGGCUUCCAGAUGGAAAAAGCUUUAUAUCAGGCAGUCAAGAUAAAAAUACAUUUUUAUGGGAUCUUGAAGGUACAAUACUAUAUAAAUGGCAUGGACCACGUAUAGUAGAUCUAGCAGUAAAUAAAGAAGGCACAAAGAUGGUGGCUAUUAGUACCGAAAGGAAGAUUCACAUAUACGAUUUAGUCAGCAAGAUGGAAGAAGCUGUUCUAGACGAGGAUGCCGAUAUCACAUCGGUAUGCUUAUCGAAUGACUGUAAAAAUAUACUGAUGAAUUUGGCAUCACAGGAAAUUCAUUUGUGGGACAUCGACCAAAAACGACUUGUCCGUAAAUAUCAUGGGCAAGCUCAGGGUAAAUAUAUCAUUCGUUCUUGCUUCGGCGGUAUUGAUCAAGGCUUCGUUGUUAGUGGAAGUGAAGAUUCGAAUAUUUACGUGUGGCAUCGAGAGCAUGCUGCCUUAAUCGAGGUAUUGUCGGGACAUAGUGGUACUGUUAAUAGUGUCAAUUGGAGUCCAGUUAAUCCUUAUUUAUUUGCUUCGGCUGGCGACGAUAACACUAUACGAAUAUGGGGAACUGCGAAUACCACUGAAACGAAAGAAAAAAUGAAAACACCCUAA